CGACUCUUCGCCCGGCUGGAGAGGUGCAGCAGACAUUUUCUGCCGUCUUUUUUUUCUCGGGGUUCUGUCUGGUUAGGAGGUCAGGCUGGAGGGAAACCUGGGGUCCAGUCUUCUGAGGAGGCUUUCUUCCAGGAAGUCUCACCACCGCAACAACAGCCCUCAACCCCCCGGGGCCAAUGAAAUGGGCGGAAGUGGGGAGGACAGUGGCUCGAGCAGGCUGAGCCGAACACUGUCCCGUCUGGGCGGUCGACACUCCAGGGAUCCUCAAAGAUCUGCAGCCCAGUCCGAGAGACCUCCGGCCCCCCCUGUUAACGAAGAUGAGGGGUAUCCUCCGCCGGCGUUCGUCCUGCCUCCAGUCCCACCUCCAGCCCUGGUUCAUCUCCCCCCACCGGUGGAAAUGCCCCCCAAACGUCCCGACAAGGCCACCAAGCCAAAGUUUCCACCCAAACCCCUUUCCAAGACCUUCAGCAGCGGCGAGCACGGAACAGCUGUUCUCCAGGGCUUUGACAUUUUCCGGGCAGACGAGACUCUUUGUGAUGUUGUCUUGGUUCCUGGGGACAGUAAGCAAGCUUUCCCAGUCCACAGAGUCAUCAUGGCUUCGUGCAGUGACUAUUUCAAAGCAAUGUUCACAGGAGGCAUGAGGGAGCAGGAGAUGAGGGAGAUCAAGCUACAUGGGGUCACUAAGUCUGGCUUAAAGAACAUCAUAGACUUCAUUUACACGUCCAAAGUCACCCUCGAUAUGGGAAACCUCCAGGACACUCUGGAAGCUGCAAACUUCUUGCAGGUCAUGCCCGUCCUGAACUUCUGCAAUCAGCUUCUGAGCAGUGAGAUCACCAUCGAUAACUGUGUGGAAGUUGAGCACAUUGCCAUAGACCUGCUUCUGGAGGAUGUGAAGGAGAAUAUAGGUAAGUUCGUGAGCCAGAACCUGUGGGAGCUGGUGCGGAGCGGCCGUUACCUGCUGCUCUCCGACGCCAGCAUGGCCAGUGCUCUGGCCAGCAACUCCCUGGAAGGGUUCUCCGAGCUGGAGCUCUACCACAUCGCCAAGGGCUGGCUGGAGCACGACCCUCCCAGGCGCCAGUCCUCCGCGCACACCCUGAUGCGGCACAUCCGUUUCCCGCUCAUGAGCCCCGGCGAGCUGAUCCAGAUCUCUCAGGACGACGAGGAGGAGAGCAACUCCAUCAUGCGCUCGGAGACGGCCUGCGUCAACCUCCUGCUGGAGGCCAGCAACUACCAGAUGAUGCCCUACAUGCAGCCCGCCCUGCAGACCGAGAGGACGCAGAUCCGGUCGGAGGCCACGCACAUCCUGGCCCUGGGCGGGGUGAUGCGGCAGCAGCUGGUGGUGAGCCGCGAGCUGAGGCUGUACGACGAGAACACGGGCCACUGGAGGGCCCUCAAGCCCAUGGAGGUGCCCCGAUACCAGCACGGGGUGGCUCUCCUGGGAGGCUUCCUCUUCAUCGUCGGAGGUCAGAGCACGUACGACACAAAAGGAAAAACGGCCAUAGACAGCGCCUACCGCUACGACCCCCGCUUCGACAAGUGGCUCCAGAUUGCCUCCCUGAACGAGAAAAGGACCUUCUUCCACCUGAGUGCCCUGAAGGGGAAACUGUUUGCAGUCGGAGGGAGAAAUGCUACCGGAGAGAUUGACACAGUGGAGUGCUACAACCUGAAGAAAAAUGAGUGGACCUUUGUGACCAGCAUGAUGGAGCCGCACUAUGGGCAUGCCGGCACCGUUCAUGGGGGCCUCAUGUACAUCUCAGGCGGCAUCACCCGGGACACCUUCCAGAAGGAGCUAUGGUGCUAUGACCCGGUCUGCGACGCGUGGGGCCGGCGGGCCGACAUGAUGGAGCUCCGCGGCCUGCACUGCAUGUGCACGGUGGGCGACCGGCUCUACGUGAUGGGCGGCAACCACUUCCGGGGCAGCAGCGACUACGACGACGUCCUGGGCUGCGAGUUCUACAGCCCGGACGCCGACCAGUGGACGGUGGUGGCGCCCAUGCCCCGGGGCCAGAGCGACGUGGGCGUGACGGUCUUCAACGGGCAGAUCUACGUGGUGGGGGGCUACUCCUGGAACAGCCGCUGCAUGGUGGACAUCGUGCAGCGCUACGACCCCGAGCAGGACGCCUGGGACCGGGUCUUCAACGUGCUGGAGCCCCUGGGGGGGAUCCGAGCCUGCACCAUGACCGUCCAUCUCCCCGAGGGGUCGGUGGACGAAGCUCAGAUACAAGACUGCCCCCUGCCAACGGCUAAGAGCUGAUACCCACCGAACCCACGCGGAGGUUAUCGGGCCGUAACACGCACAGAGCUAAACAGGAAAUACGGUGGUUUGCAACACGAACUAAAGUUUGAGACUUCCUGUUGUUGGCAUUUCCUGUCCUACCGUGUGGGCUAAGCACUGAAGCAUCCCACCUGCUCUGCCGCACGUACUCUUCAACCAGCAACCCCUCGCAAAAGAUCGGGACCGCCGUCCAGCUCAGGUCCAGCGGGCGCCCUCUGACUGUGGACAACCGCUUCACUGUACUGCUUUCAGGCAUUUCUCCACAGAAAUGAAAGGGGGCUUCAGCACAGGAAUGAUGUCAUUGUGUCCUUUAAAAAAUAUAUAACAAAUGCGGCCAUUGUAGUUUUGUAACCCAGCUCCUUUUUUUUUUUUUACAUCUAAGCUAACAGGAAUAAAUAAACUGGAUAACAUAAA